AUGUGGUUUGCAAAGAGGAGGUCGAGUCUCGCAGCCGAGUCUGCACAGACAGAACCAGAGCCUCGUCGAAGAAAUCGCUUGUCGAAGCCCCCUACAAGCAACGCGAUCAAAGUUUCGACUGGAAUUUCGACGUCGAGUCUUAAAAUCCAAGGACCACUUCCGCAGAGCAAGAAUGCGAGCGGCACAGAGCUGUCAAGCCCGUUGUCCCCCGUCUCAGGCAAUGCAGCCCUGCGGCAACAGCCUCAAGAUGAUACCACCGCCACGGAGCCAAGUUCGCCUCUCCACGCGCACAAGAACGAUUCCGGCUUCAGCGUCGCCUAUAUGGUCAGUCAACUCGAGAGCAAGGCUGCUGGAGCAGGGACAAGUCCAUCACGGUCGAUGCAGCAACUGGCAGCGCCCCCUCUGUCUCCCAUCAAACCGCCAAAGAGGAGGUCCCUCCUGCUCCGACGUCUAUCUCUGCAAAGGUCUUCGAGUAUAAGCCGUACCCCCAGCAGCGAACGUAUAAAUCCCUUGGAGUCCGACACGGCAGCCGUCCCGCCCGCUGAUGCAUCGAUGGACAGACUCGUCGACCAACCGUCAAUUCCUCCCAUGCGUCGCGCCUCCUUUGCACCUGGUACAGCGACCAGAAAGCCAUCUCAGAUUGCCACAAAGCAGGAUAUAGAGUCACAUAACCCGAUCUCAGAGCUGGAGGAGCGAGGAGCCUCUGCCUUCGAUGUGGAUGACUUUGACUGGCAGCCUCCCCCCCCGAGGACAAUUGGGCGGGCCGGCACACCUUCAGAUAUAAGCUAUUCACAUCUCGGCGGAUUGAGGCACGGCUCUCUGCAGAUCGUCAAUGGGCGAGCAUCACCCACCUUCAGCGAAGUGUCAAAGGCGUCGAAACAGCUUCUAUCUGCUCCAGCACCACGCAGAGGUGUGUCAAGCGAUUAUGGUGAUGCGGAUGAAGACUUUGAUCUACUGGUCUCUACGUCCGGAAACCUAUCGAACUUGAGGUCUAGUCCCCCAAAUGGAAACACCGAGUACCGAUACUUCAGCUGGGAGCAUAACGAUGAUAAAGCUGGCCCACGAAUCCAUCCGCUGCAGAGCGUCAUGACAGCACAAAAAGAUGACCACGCUGUUUCAGCCGAUGACCAGACUUCACUAAUGGCCAGAGAAUACAUCGCCGAGCUCGGGGUUGGUCCAUUCGACCAGCAGGAGCCCAGCUCUCCGGUUGGCACUAUUAGAAGGACCAGGUCUGAAGGGUCGCUCUGGAGGGCGAGCUCUUGCUCAUCAAUCCAGAAAUCGCCUCCGCCUGACAAUCCGCCAGUGGAGCUUCCCCCAGUCAGUCCUCUGGAGAGGCCAUCUUUCCCCACUGGGUCGGUGGUCCGCAAGGCGAGCAUUAGGUCCGAAGAAAGCCGGAGUCAGCAAAUCCAGCGGAAUGAUACGACGAACGACGAAGCUCGACCCUGUGAGAGUCCUAUGAGCUGGUAUUCCCCUAUUGAGCCAAGAGAUUCAAUUGACGAAGGAUUCCAAUCGGCCGUUGAAUUCCAUCCUCAGUUCUCCGCCCCUAGUCUGGAACUUCCGCCUCCUCGUGCGCCGGAAAAAUCAGAUAGUGGUUACAGCUCAAGCAAUUCGCUUCGAUCACUCCAAAUAGCCAGGCUCACCCCAUCGCCUGCAAAGUUUAGGGCUUUGCCAGAGGUCCCAGACGUACAAGAGGCCACGGAUGUACCAGAUCCCAGCCGUGCGCCAUCCUUCUCUGCAGAGAGAACGUCCAUUUUGAGGUCGCGGCGGAGUGAGCCUUAUGUGCCAACAUUUUCCAAUCUUCAACCCAGUGCUGUGUCCUCAAACCCGACGCCCAUUGUCCAAGCAAUCAAGGCCCCAGAGCCCGAACCCCUUCCUGCCAAGCCUGCAGGUGCCCGGAAGAAGCUGCUGAAGAAGAGGCGCCCAUCGAGCCAACCUCCCAGCCAAGUAGCAGUUGUGCGAGUGCGGUCGUUCGAGGUGGAGAACAUUCCGCAGGUCUCCCCUCAAGCACAAGAGAAUCUUCGGAUACGCUCACACGCCGUACCUGAACUGGAACAAACCUACUCCUCGCUUGGCGGCGGAGCGAGUACCUCUACCCUCUUUCUCCCUCUCAACGAAAUAAGGUUUCCAUCUCCUGCUCCGGAACAAGUACUCAAAUCGAAGCCUAAGCGACCUCGAUCUCGCAGUCGCCCAAGGUCAUGGUUCGGCCGACCUAAGGAAGAAAAGGUGAGGUCCAGGGACUCUUCUGGGAUGAGCCAGACUGAAGCGUUGGCCAUCAUCAACGAUUUGGGCACUGUCAGCACUUCUUUGGGGAAAAGCCCUUAUGAUUUUGCCGACGCGAGCAGUGUCUCCAAAGGCUCCCGUCAUUCGACGAUGACAGCUGGCUUUCGGCAGCCGCGGCCAAUGAUGGAUGACGAGACCGCUGUAGAGCUGGCCCGAACUCGCAGCCGGUCCCUACGGGAACGAGAAAGUAUCAUAUCAGAUCGGAGGUUUUCAUUUAAUGACAGAGGAGGCAUACCUGGUAAGAAUCUGAGGACCGCUAGUCUUGCCAGUGAUGCACCACCAAUCACACAGGACAUGAUAGAGAAGGCAUACCGGACCUCCUCCAUGCAACGACAGCCUUCGGUCAAUAACGAGGUAGGACCGCCGCCUCCUCCACACUCACCACGCCCAGAAUACAUUUGUUAUGGAGAGGAUUCCGACGUCGUAGCUCCGCCUCCGCCAUCCCAUUCUCCUCGACCGAUCGAUAUAACUCCAGAUCCGUGGGCUGCGCAGGCCGCGGUAUGGAAGGCUCGAAGGCUGAGUGCGGGUGAGGCGCUAAGGCGUCAUUCUGGAGAGGCGCAAAAACAUCACCAAGGUUACGACGAGGCCGCUGAUGAGUUGCUUUACCCGGUUAUACCUCCACAACAUGCAGCGCAGGAGCUGGAAUGGAAGCAAAGCCUCUCGCCCGAAGAAUUCUCCUCGUCUUUCCAUGACUAUUAUGACGGAUACAACGAGUCUCGUCGACCUCAACGGCAGCGUUAUUCAUCGUACACGUCGUCUCACCACGCCCCUUACGAGUCUGAAUCGGCGUAUGUGAGACAAUCUCGGCGAAACUCCAGGAAUCAUGACCACGGACAACCUCACGGUCGUGCAGUGCAAUCGCGAGGGCCAUCCUCAGGUGGUGCCUAUUCCUCUCGCUCUCGGUCGUAUGCCAAUAGCGUCCGCAGUUUUGCUUCGUCUUGCGGCGAGGAUCUGCAUCCAGCCCAGCUCGAGAGGCAACAUCCGCCACCGGCAUUCGGGCGGUAUUCGGGAGGGUUGAACUAUGGCUAUGAACGUGGAAACGGGUUUGGAGGUUCGGCUGGGACCAGGUCAAUGAGUGGCAAAGCCGAAACACCGUGGAAGGGUGUUCCGCUCAGAGCCAGCGUCGGAGUCGAUCUGGGGGAUGUGCCCUUUGGGAUCAUGGCGAGAGGGUAG